GCUGCUUUAUUCAGACAGGAUUUAGAAGGCAGCAUCUCCCUUUUCAUGGCGCCCCCGCCCUCUCGGAUUCAAUCUAUUGCUCUCUUCUUCCCUUCUGUUGCUGUGUUCUGUUGUGGCUGAGAGGAUUUGGGCCGGCCUCUUUCUGAUCGGGCGAUCUUAUAAAAUGUAAUCCUUUGUCAACAGAGUGGGGGUGAACGUGUUCAAAGAAAUGAACUCUCAGGUUGGAAGCUGAACAAAAUAGAGCCGUGAUACAGGCAGAGUCAUUAUCGUGAGAUAUUCUGCCCUGCCAACAGUCAGCUCGCUUGAGGAAAUUUAAUUGACCCGUUAUGGUCUCCCUGAUGGGCAAGGGAACUGGGUUCCAUUUUGGAAUAAACAUUAUCCAAGGGCUUUGGGGACUUUGCCUUCACAAUUACUGGAGAAUAUUAGUGUUUCUUUGUAUUCUUAUUAUGACUGACUGUAACGUGUGUGUGCAUGUAUUCUGUCGUUUUUUUCAGUUGCAGUUACAGAAGACUCAGUAUUUGCAGCUGGGGCCGAACCGUGGGCCAUACUAUGGAGGAUCUUUGCCUAAUGUCAAUCAGAUUGGAGACAACGGCGAGGAUUUUUCUUUUCAGACUGCAGGGAUGGACAUGAACACAUCAUCGCGACACCACGGGCUCGUCGACAGAGUCUACAGGAACCGAAUCCCAUCGCCCCAUCGAAAACCCCUCACUCUCGACAAGCACGGACGCCAAAUUGACAGCUGUCCGUAUGGCUCGGUGUAUCUGUCCCCACCACUUGAUACCAGCUGGAGGAGGACAAACUCUGACUCAGCACUUCAUCAGAGCACACUUGCUCCUUGCCAGCAGGCCUCCUUCACAGGCGGGUCACAGGAGCUGCAGCCCAAGCGAGUUCUGUUAUUAACCCUGCCCGGAUCUGAAGCCGUCAAACAAGAGGCGGAAGAAGAAGGACAAAAUCAGGACUGGGACUGCGAAAAGGAUGUUUCUAGAUCCAAACCCUACAGAGUUCCUGGAAUUAACAUAUUUCCAUCUCCGGAGCAGCAUCUGACCCUCAAACCAGUUGCCCACAGCACUGGCGGUUCCCUGCCGGACCUGACAAACAUCCAGUUCCCUCCUCCGCUGUCCACCCCGUUGGACUUGGAUGAUGUGGCGUUCAGCUCCUCCCACAGCAUGCAGGCGCUGGAUAGAAUACGAGGAGUUAGCGCCUCUCAAGCCACGGUAACCAUGGAGAUGCAGUCCGGGCUGGACAACAUGGCUCCUCUCAUCCCUAACACAGGAGACUGUCACCAGCACCAGAACAUGCAGCUCUCGCCAAAAUCUCCGCCUCUCCCCCUGUCUCAGGUUGCCAUCAACGCCAUGAACCUCGAGCAGCAGUUGUCCCAGUAUGCCUUCUUCAGCCAGCCGCCGCUGCCCCAGACUCACCACAACCAGCCUCAAACCGCUGAGGUCCAACUGCCGUCCUCCAUGAACUGUCCCACGUCGGACUGUCAGAGCUUCUCACAAAGCAACAUGACCAUGGACAUGAACCUGGCCUCCCAGUACCGCAGUAGGGUGGGCUCCUCUGCCAAUCAAUCUCCAACCUCCCCCGUCUCCAAUCAAGGUUUCUCACCAGGCGGCUCGCCUCAACAUAACUCCAUACUGGGCAGUGUCUUCUCAGACUUCUAUGACCAGCAGCUCCCAUGCAUUCAGGCCAGUGCUCUCUCGCAACAGCUGGCGGAGUUCAACAUGAUGGAAAGCUCCAUCAGCUCUGACAACAACCAGACCUCCACCCUGAACUACUCCCAGGCCCUCAUGAUGGGCUUGUCUGGUGGUCAUUGCAACCUCCAGGGCUCUCAGCCGCUGGGCUACAGUAGCCAUGGCAACAUCCCCAACAUCAUUCUAACAGUGAGUGGAGAGUCCCCCCCCAGCCUGCCGAAGGACCUGACAGCCUCCCUAUCAACAGAUGUCAGCUUCGAUAUCGACACCCACUUCCCACUGGAUGACCUAAAAAUCGACCCACUGACACUUGAUGGCCUGCACAUGCUCAAUGACCCGGACAUGAUCCUUGCGGACCCAGCCACAGAGGACGCCUUCCGCCUCGAUCGGCUCUGAUGCCCCCCCCCCUUUUGAGGACAACUUGCCAAAGCAACCUGCGUCCUUUUUUUUUUACGAAUUGGAAAGAUGGAUGACAAACUAGAAGGUAUGAAAUACGUUCCUGGUUAUGUCACUUCCUUUUGCCAGCGACACACCUUUUUUUUUAAUUUGUCUUAAAUGUCGAGUUUUUGUGAUUGGUUUGGAGUCUUUCAAGGAAAAAAGGGAUCUUGGAAUCCUACAGUGCGUAGCGUGGGGAGCCCGGGGGGGAAAAGUCGGUAUAGCAGCUUUAUUUAAGUGAAUGACUGGAGUAAUGUAGUUUAUUCUGAAGGUGUCCUAUCAUCAGCAGUACUAUGGCAUGGCAUCAUAUCACAUCAGUGGAAAGAUCACAUACAUAUGCACGGACACAGAUACCAAACACACACACAACAUACACACAUAUGCAACUAUAUGGUGUAUGUCGUGGUGCAAAUGUCGGCGUGCUCCUGGCCUGCCUUAGACUUUGAAAACACCUGCCUUGAAAAAUAUACCUGUGAUUUUGUGAAACAUAAAAUAUUGUAAACACUUUUAAGUUCCAAUAAUGUUUGGCAGAAUCAGGUGUCUGACAUUAUAAGGGAUCAGUACUGGACUGGUGGUCCCGGGGGGUCGGGAUGAGGGCCACAAAGACUUGACGGGGCCCAUGCUACGCCACUGUGAAACAGAGCAGCUUCCGGAUAGGUUUACCAUUUUUGUACUCCUCGUUAUGCAUGAACUCUAAUCACUGUGUAACAUUGUUUUGCCUUAAGAGCUCCACAUUUCAGUUUUCAUGCAAAAGGGAUUGAAGUGGAAAUGACACGAUCACAUUGAAAUCAUCUAGGUCAGGGGUCGCCAAACUUUUGGACUCAGGGGUCACAUUGGGUUAAAAGAAUUUUGCCGGGGGCCGGGCUAUUUAUUUUUGUAUGUAUAUGUGAGUGUAUACAUAUAUAUACACACACACAUUUACAUAUACAUACAUAUAUAUAUAUAUGUGU